CGCUCCUCAUCCAUUCGUGUCAGAAAACUCAGAAGGCGGCCCCCAAAUUCCUUCAGCAGCAGCCAAGUAAGGCAAUGUCGCUCUCCUGCUGCAUGCUCGGCGCCGCCCGGGCGGCGGCCUCUCCUUCCCUCCCCGCCCCCGCCGCCCUCCUCCGGCGGCGCCACUGCCCGCUAGCGGCUGCCGUGGGUCCGUUCCCGCACGCCCAGCGGUGGCGCCGCGGCCUUCGCUUCCGCUGCGCCUCGUCCCCGUCCGCAUCGCCUCCUCCGCCGCCGCCGGUGCCCCCUGAGGAGAUCGAUGACUACGAGCUUCUGGACACAACAGGGAAUUGUGACCCUUUAUGCUCAGUUGAUGACGUUAGCUCACAGUACUUUCAAGCUAACUACAAACCAAAAGAUGAUGUUUUGAAAGCUUUGACUAUCUUUGCAACAGCAUUGGCUGGGGCAGCUGCAAUAAAUCAUUCCUGGGUUGCUGCUAAUCAGGACAUUGCAAUGGUGCUGGUUUUUGCUCUUGGCUAUGCAGGUAUCAUUUUUGAAGAGUCAUUGGCAUUUAACAAAAGUGGAGUUGGAAUAUUGAUGGCUGUCUGCCUAUGGGUUGUCAGAAGCAUUGGGGCUCCCUCGGUUGACGUAGCUGUUGAAGAGUUGAGUCACACAACUGCUGAAGUCAGUGAAAUAGUAUUUUUCUUGCUUGGUGCAAUGACCAUUGUGGAAAUUGUUGAUGCUCAUCAAGGUUUCAAGUUGGUGACUGAUAAUAUAUCUACUCGAAGCCCUAAAACUCUUCUGUGGGUGAUUGGUAUAGUAACUUUCUUCCUGAGUGCGAUCCUUGACAACUUGACGUCCACUAUUGUGAUGGUGUCAUUGCUUCGGAAAUUAGUACCUCCAUCAGAAUAUAGAAAAUUGUUAGGUGGUGUUGUUGUAAUAGCAGCGAAUGCUGGCGGUGCAUGGACACCAAUUGGUGAUGUGACAACCACUAUGUUGUGGAUUCAUGGUCAGAUUACAACAUUAAAAAUAAUGCAGGGCUUGUUUAUUCCCUCAGCUGUUUCAUUGGCAGUCCCACUGGCUCUGAUGUCCCUCACCAGUGAAGCAAAUGGAACAUCUCAGAAAUCUUCCAGCGUGAUGUCAUCAGAGCAGAUGGCUCCUCGGGGACAACUCGUAUUGGCUGUAGGACUUGGUGCUUUAGUGUCUGUCCCAGUCUUUAAAGCUCUCACUGGUCUGCCACCUUUCAUGGGUAUGCUGCUUGGUCUUGGGAUUCUCUGGAUCCUGACGGAUGCAAUACAUUUUGGAGACUCUGAAAGGCAGCAACUAAAAGUUCCACAGGCCCUGUCACGGAUUGAUACACAAGGAAUUUUAUUCUUCUUAGGUAUCCUUUUAUCAGUUGGCAGUCUGGAAUCUGCAGGGAUCUUGAGGCAGUUAGCGAAUUAUCUUGAUGCCAAUAUUCCAAAUGGUGAUCUUAUUGCUAGUGCAAUUGGUGUGGCAUCAGCAGUUAUAGACAAUGUUCCACUUGUUGCUGCAACGAUGGGAAUGUAUGACCUGACUUCAUAUCCUCAAGAUUCGGACUUCUGGCAGCUUAUUGCAUUCUGUGCUGGUACUGGAGGGUCAAUGCUUAUCAUUGGCUCUGCAGCAGGAGUUGCUUUUAUGGGAAUCGAAAAGGUGGAUUUCUUCUGGUAUUUUCGCAAGGUGAGCGGUUUUGCCCUUGCAGGUUAUGCAGCAGGUAUAAUCUCGUAUCUAGCUACUCAAAAUCUCCAUCUAACUCUUCCCACAUCACUGGCUGAGAUCCCAUUUCUUCCUGGCUCAUAAAAGCAGGAAUGAGCACGUUCUUGCGGCCUGGUGGAUGCAGGACGGGGACGUCUACAGCACGGAGGCCUCCUGCGACGUACUGCGGCGCGCGGCAGGUGCGGCAGCAGCCCGCGGCGCGGGGGUGCGGCGACGGCGUGCGGCGGCGGUGCAUCCCCUGCUCAGCUGCUGGCACACGGCGCUGGCCGGCGGGCGCUGUCGCAGAGGCUGGCCGGCGGGCGGAGCCUGCACGACGGCCACCGGAAGCGGCUUGCGCGGCGGCCAGAGCAGUGGGUAGCCGUGGAUCUAGGCGACGGCAGAGCUCACGGCGGGCAUGGCGGCGGCGGAGCUCACUCUGGGCAUGGCGGUGGGCAUGGCGGCCCCGCGCCGAGCGCCGGCCUCUCCAGGUCCAGAUCCGGCCUCCGCAGCGGCGCAUCGGCGGCGGCGGCGUGGACGCGCAGCAGCGGCGGCGGCCUGGACGCCUGCUCGCCGGGACGCGCAGCAGCGGCGGCGGCCUGGACGCCUGGACGCGCGGCGGCGGCGGCGCCGUGGAUGCGCAGUGGGGGCGGCGCCGUGGACGUGCAGCGGUGGCGCCGUCGACGCGCGGCCGCGACGCGGUGGCGCGGCGGCGCGGAUGUGCGGCCACGGUGGCGACAGCGGCGUGGCCGCGCCCUGGAUGCGCGGUGGCUGCGGUGCCGUGGACGCGCGGCAGCGACGACCUGGACGCGCAGUGGCGGCGACGUGGACGAGCAGCGGCGAUUUUUUUUUAAAAAAAUUAAUUGAUUACUAGGGGCGGGUGAGGUGAUGGGGUGACCCGUCUCCGGAAAUACAUUUUUAGCGGCGGAUAAUGUACCCGCACUUGCAAAUAGCUAUUUUUAGCUGCGAAAAGCAUGGGCGGGUUAGGCGUCCGUCCCUAAAAAUAUUAUUUCACCCGCCUCUACAAACAUUUUAUGUAGUAGUAGUUUCACCUAGUUUCCUAACUUCUCAAAUCGUGCAUCUAGAUUCGUAAA